CUAUUUUGAAGCCCAAAUAUUUGUCGCGGACUAUUUUGAAUCGUGCGGGUGACGAGCUAAAGCGCAUCGCGCACUUCACUCAUGGAAAUUCCAAAUUCCUGAAAAUUCUGCUGCAGCGUAGUUUUCCCUCUCAAAACCCCCAAUCUCCGCCAAAACCCUAAUUAUUCAUCUCCCCAUUUUGAAUUGGGGCGUGGGUACCCUCAGGAGUGCAAAUCUGUGAAAAACCCCCCAAUUUCUUCAAACCGCCGGCGUUUGAUUUCCCAAUAAACCCGUAAAAAUGCCUUCCCGGCCAGUCUGCGGCAAAAUCCUCCGGCUAGAGCUGGAGAAUUUCAAGUCGUACAAAGGCCACCAAAUUAUUGGUCCUUUCUACGAUUUCACCGCUAUAAUAGGACCCAACGGGGCUGGGAAGUCCAAUCUAAUGGACGCUAUAAGCUUCGUUCUUGGCGUCCGGACGGGUCAGUUGCGUGGGGCUCAGUUGCGGGACCUAAUUUACGCAUUCGACGAUCGUGAAAAGGAACAGAGGGGACGCAGGGCGCACGUCAAGCUCGUGUACCAGAUGCCUGAUGGCUCGGAAACUGAGUUCACCCGGUCAAUUACCCCCGCUGGUGGUAGUGAGUACAGGAUUGGGAGUUACGUUGUGAACUGGGAUGAUUACAACUCGAAGUUGAGGUCUCUUGGCAUCCUCGUCAAAGCGCGGAAUUUCCUUGUUUUUCAGGGAGAUGUGGAGUCUAUUGCCUCCAAAAACCCGAAGGAACUGACUUCACUAAUUGAACAAAUAUCUGGCUCUGAAGAAUACAAGCGACGGUAUGAAGAGCUGGAAGUAGAAAAGGCUGAAGCUGAUGAAAAGGCUGUUCUUGCUCAUCAGAAAAAGAAGACCAUAUCUGCUGAGAAAAAGCAAAAGAAGCUGCAAAAAGAAGAGGCAGAAAAGCAUCUCAGAUUGCAGGAGCAACUGAAAUCUUUGAAGCUGGAACACUAUCUUUGGCAGCUUCUGAACAUAAAAAGGGAUAUUGAAAAAGCUAAUGAGGAUAUGGAUGAAGAACAAAACAGCCUGAACAAUAUCAUGGUUGAACUGGAUACUUACGAAGCUGAACGUGGGAAAAAGAAUAAAGAACAGGCUGGAUAUUUGAAAGAGAUUGAAUAUUGCCGGAGGAGGAUUGCAGAGAAGCAUAAUAGACUUGACAACCAAACUGAUCUUGUCAAGUUGAAGGAGGAGAUAGCACGUCUAACCUCUAAAAUAAAAACUACAAGUAAAGAGCUGUCUAAGAAAAAAGAAGAAAGGAGGAGGCAUGUGGAAGAGGUUCAGAGACUUGAGGAUGACUUGAGGGCUGUAACACAACAACUCGAAGAGUUACGGGAAAAAAGCCAGGAUGCUGGUGGGAAACUUCAGUUAGUUGACAGUGAAUUAGAAACAUAUCACCAGAUUAAAGAGGAAGCUGGGAUGAAAACUGCAAAACUAAAGGAUGAGAAGGAAGUUUUGGACCGACAACAAAAUGCUGAUAUUGAAGCCCAGAAGAAUUUGGAAGAAAAUAUACAGCAGUUGGAAAAUCGAAAGCAGGAAUUAGAGUUGCAGGAGAAAAAUAUGGAAACUAAAUCCAAGAAAAUCCUUGAAACUGUUAGGAAGUACAAGGAAGAUCUUCUUAGAGUGGGUAAGGAACAGCGUGAGAUGAAAGAUAAACUUGUGGACUCCAGGCGCAAAUAUGAUAUGUUGAAGGCAAAGAUUACUGAUGUGGACAAUCAGCUUCGGGAAUUGAAGGCUGAUAGACAUGAAAAUGAGAGGGAUGUUAGGUUUUCUCAGACAGUUGAAACUUUGAAACGCCUCUUUCCUGGGGUUCAUGGUCGCAUGACUGAUCUCUGUAGACCUUCACAAAAGAAGUAUAAUCUUGCUGUCACUGUUGCUAUGGGUAGAUUCAUGGAUGCAGUGGUAGUUGAAGAUGAACAAACUGGAAAGGAAUGUAUCAAGUAUCUGAAAGAGCAAAGGCUACCGCCACAAACAUUUAUACCUCUUCAGUCAGUGCGUGUGAAGCCAGUCAUAGAGAAGUUGCGCACCUUGGGUGGAACUGCAAAGCUGGUUUUUGAUGUCAUACAAUUUGAUCCUGUGUUGGAAAAAGCUAUUUUGUUUGCUGUUGCAAAUACCUUAGUCUGUGACGAUCUUGAUGAAGCUAAGCAUUUGAGCUGGACUGGACAGAGGUUCAAAGUUGUGACUACUGAUGGAAUUUUGUUGACCAAAUCUGGUACAAUGACUGGUGGGACAAGUGGCGGGAUGGAAGCCCGCUCACAUAAAUGGGAUGAUAAGAGAGUAGAAGGGCUUAAGAAGAAAAAGGAAGAUCUGGAGUCUGAAUUGGAAAUGCUUGGUUCAAUUCGAGAAAUGCAGCUUAAGGAGUCUGAAGCAUCUGGGAAAAUUAGUGGCCUUGAGAAGAAUAUUCAGUAUAAAGAAAUUGAAAAGAAAAGUAUCGAGGACAAACUGAGUAAAUUGAAAGUUGAGAAGCGCAGCAUUGAAGAUGAAAUUAGCCGUGUCAAACCUGAAGCUCGGAAGUUGGAAAAUGCUAUUGCCACAAGGGCAUCAAAGAUUGAAUCACUGGAGAAGAGAAUAAAUGAUAUUGUUGACCGAAUCUACAAGAAAUUUAGUGAGUCUGUUGGAGUAAAAAACAUCCGUGAAUAUGAAGAAAACCAUCUCAAGGAAAUUGAGCAGACAGCUGCAGAAAGAUUCAACUUGCAUAACCAGCAAUCAAAACUUAAGUACCAGUUGGAGUAUGAAAAGAAACGAGACAUGGGUUCUCGUAUUUCCAAGCUGGAAUCAACACUUACCAACUUGAAAAGUUCGUUAAAAGAGGUUGAGAGAAGGCAAAAUGAUUUGAAGUCGUCGACCGAGACUAUAACUUCUGAGAUUGAAAAUUUGAAGGAAGAAGUACAAGAAUGGGAAUUGAAAGCAAAGGAGUGUGAUAAGGAUAUCCAAUCGUGGAAGAAAAAAAUAUCUGCUGCUACAUCAAAUAUUACCAAGCAUAACCGUCAAAUUAAGUCGAAGGAGGCUCUGAUAGAGCAACUGAAUUCGCGGAAGCAAGAGAUACUGGAUAAGUGUGAGGUAGAGCAUAUUGACAUUCCAACUGUUGAGGACCCCAUGGAAACAGAAGCAUCUGAAGGGACAGUUUAUGACUUUAGUUUACUGAGUAGAUCUCUUCAGCAAAGGUCAAAACCAUCUGAGAGGGAUAAGAUUGAAGCAGACUUCUCACAGAAAAUUGCUGCCUUGGAUGCUGAAAUUGGAAGAACGGCUCCAAAUUUGAAGGCACUGGAUCAAUAUGAGGCUGUUUUGGAGAAAGAAAGGGACGCAUCCAGAGAGUGGGAAGCAGCCAGAGAAGAACAGAACAAAGUAACAGGAGAAUACAACAAAGUUAGGCAAACCAGGCAUGAAUUAUUUAUGCAAGCUUUUAACCACAUCUCCACUAACAUCGACAAAAUAUAUAAUGAACUCACCAAAAGCAAUGCAAACUUGGUGGGUGGGACAACCGGUACCCAUGCUGUGGGUGGAACUGCAUUUCUGAACUUGGAGAACCCAGAUGAGCCUUACCUGUUUGGCAUCAAAUACAGUGCCAUGCCCCCAACCAAGAGGUAUCGGGAUAUGUCACAGCUGUCUGGUGGUGAGAAGACUGUUGCAGCACUUGCAUUGCUUUUUGCCAUCCACAGUUUCCGGCCAUCGCCUUUUUUCAUAUUGGAUGAAGUGGAUGCUGCAUUGGAUAAUUUAAAUGUUGCUAAAGUUGCUAGUUUCAUCCGAUCAAAGUCAUGUGGCGGCCGAACGGACCACCAAGAAAUAGAACUUGGAUCUGGUUUUCAGAGCAUUGUGAUUUCACUCAAGGACAACUUCUAUGACAAAGCCGAAGCACUUGUUGGUGUUUACCGUGAUUCCGACAGAGGGUGCUCAAGGACACUGACCUUUGACCUGACGAAAUACCGGGAAUGAUGAGAGGAAGGAACAAGAGUCGAGGCAUUGGUGGAUGUGUGUAUUAUGGAAGAAUUUGCAGCAUGUAAUGGAGUGAAUGAAUGAAUGAAUGUACAUGAAGAAGGCGUGUGUUAAAUUUGUUUGUAGGUCUUUUCUUUUAUAGUCUGGGAUUGAUUAUCAAUAAAUGUAGAGAGAUUUGUAAAUUUUAUCAUGUUACCAAAAUUUAUACCCCUAGCUACCUACUGUCUAGUGUCUACUACUAUAAAUAAUAAUAAUGCACCUGCACUGCACCUUGUUCCCUUCUCCUCUUCUGGAUGGAUUUUAUGGUCUUUUAGACACAGCUUUGUGUGAAGGGAGGAGACCUUUUUAUUU